UCUAAUGGCACCACCUCGCUCAGCCUCCCUCCUCGGUCCUCCGCCUCGCUCGGUCGCCAUGCUCCUGCUGUCUGCGUCUGCGAGUGGAAGCUGGACAGCAGGAACUGGCGUCGGCCCGGCGAUCGGUAUUGGUCGCCACGCCUCGCGGCCAGCCAUGGCGCCGCGAAUCGGCUGCCCGUUGCCGCAGCCUCGCGUCCAGCCUGCUUCGAUGUGCGAUGCGGUGGGCUCGGUGGCGCCGUUGGAGCAGCCAGGCCGCUGGAGCUCAGGGCUGGGGAUCCGGAACCGGCUGCGCCUGCUGCGUCGCUCGUGGGUCAUCUGGAGCUGCUGCGUGCUGCAGGCGUGGCGGGUGUUUGUGCUGCGGCGCAAGUACGCGGAUAGGCGCGAGUCGCCCGAGGCGGUCGAGGCGAGGAGGGUGCUCGCGGCGGGGCUGCGCGACACGCUCAUCCGGCUCGGCCCCACCUUCAUCAAGGUCGGGCAGCUGCUGUCGACGCGAGUCGACGUGCUGCCGCCAGAGGUGAUCGGAGAACUGUCGCGGCUUCAGAACGAGGUGCCGGGCUUCCCCGGCAAGCGCGCGAAGCAGCUGGUCAAGCGCGAGCUGGGCAAGCCGGUCGAGGAGCUCUUCGCCAGCUUCGACGACGCGCCGCUCGCCGCCGCUAGCCUCGCGCAGGUCCACCGCGCGCGGCUGCACUCCGGAGACGAAGUCGUCGUCAAGGUGCAGCGCGAGAACCUGCGCCAGCUGUUUGACGUCGACCUCUUCAACAUUCGGCUGGUCGCCUCGCUGGCGGACCGGCUCGACCCGCAGACCGAGGCCCUCGCCUCCAACUGGCGUGGCGUCGCCGAGACGAGCGGCGAUGUCCUCUACCGCGAGAUCGACUUUCGGAUCGAGCAGCACGCCGCGACUGAGUUCCGCGCGAACUUCGCGAAGGACAAGACGAUCAAGGUGCCCGCAAUGUACCCGGAGCUCUGCACCUCGCGGCUGCUCACGAUGGAGUACUGCCCCGGAAAGAAGAUCACAGACACGGAGGCGCUGCAGCGCGAGGCGAGAGGAGCCGAGAGCAGAGCCGAGACUCCUACCUCCACGCCCCCCCCCCCCCCCCCCCUGACAGGCUUCUUCCACUGCGACCCCCACCCUGGCAACCUCGCCGUCGACGACGGCUUCCCGGGCGGCCGCCUCAUCUACCAGAACAUGCCGCGCGAGGCGUGCGACGCGCUCGAGACGAUGGGGGUGCUGCGCAAGGGCGUCGACCGGUUCUCGAUCGAGCGGAUCGCGAGGAACAUGCUCGGAAGCUUCCAGUCGACGCUCGCCUCCGCCGACAACAAGUGGGAGAACGAGAUGACGCCGGAGGAGAAGCGCGAGAGCCGGCGCAACCGCCGUGCGCAACUGGGGCAGGACCUGUUCGCCACGCAAGCCGAGCGGCCCUUCCUCUUCCCGCCAAAGUUCACCUUUGUCUUCCGCGCCUUCUCGACGAUCGACGGCAUCGGGAAGACUCUGACGGGCCCGCGCUACGACCUCUCCCGCAUCUCACAGCCCUACUUGCGCGAGCUGGCCGACUUGCGGGACGGAUCGGCCCUCAAGUCGGCCGCGCUGGAGCUGGGGCGGCGGGUGGGGUGGCGGCCGCAGGACGUAGCGCAGCUGGUGACGCAGCCGCGGGCGGUCGCGGGGGUCGCACAAAGGGUGCGCAAGCUCGAGGAGGGGGACCUGAAGCUGCGCGUGCGGACGCUCGAGGUGGAGCGGAUGAUCGAGCGGGUCGAGCUGCGCCAGCGCUUCAUCGGCGCGGGCGUCGCCUCCGCGCUGCUCCUGCACAUCUCUCUCGGCGCCACUUUGCACCGGCUGGCGGCGCGGGUCGUGCAGGUGAUUGCUGCGCGCGUGGCGUGGGAGUGCUGGAACGCAUGGCUGGCACUGAAAAAGCUGACGGUGCAGCAGCUCCGGUUUGAGAACGAAGACACCGUCUACGACACGAUGUGAGUUCAUCUACAGGCUCACACACCACCGUACGUUGCUCGAGAGCAGCCACUCAUACGAGGGGGGCGGCUGACAGCGGCACCUCCUCGAGCGUCGAGGCCGCCGGGGGACAAUCGCGAAUCUAUGGGCGCACACACAGACCGGACGAUCGACACCUUGUUGACCUGUGCCUACGACUCGCAGAGACAAUGUUCGUGUGUGCGCCAGAGCGCGCUUCGCGUAGUACAGUGCCGCGGAGGGUCAAGCGACAGCUAGAGCAAUCAUAACCCCAUACCUACACCACAAGCACAACCGUGAGAACCGAAAGGCGCGCGGCUCCCGGUCCUUUUGACAAUACCCUUUUUUUGCAUGCUGGCGUUUCGGUUUACCUUUACGCUUUAGGAUUUGCUUGCUUUU